CUCCUUUACAUAUCGACUAUGACUACCAAUACCUCAUUGAACUUUUCUAUCUACUCGACACUGCUUAUGAUUCUUCUAUCAAUAUCAACUAACACCAUCUCCAGUUAUGCAUUCUCAAUAAGAGAAGCAACCAUAAGCGAUCUCCAACUGGCUUUCAAGCAACACCAACUCACAUCAAGGCAACUAGUUGAAUUUUACCUUGGAGAAAUCAGCAGACUCAACCCGGUCCUUAACGGGAUCAUAGAGGUGAACCCAGAUACGUUACACCAAGCUGAUAAGGCUGACUAUGAACGUAAGGUUAAGACACCAGGUUCACUUUCUGGUUUGCAUGGCAUUCCUAUUCUUCUGAAGGAUAAUAUUGCAACCAAGGACAAGCUGAACACCACAGCUGGUUCUUUGGCACUGCUUGGCUCCAUCGUGCCUCGCGAUGCCGGUGUGGUAACGAAGUUGAGGAAAACUGGAGCCAUUAUCUUUGGAAAGGCUAGCUUGAGUGAAUGGGCUGCUUUUAGAUCCUUAAGUGCACCUAAUGGUUUCAGUGCUAGAGGUGGCCAAGGAAAGAAUCCUUAUGUUCUUUCAGCUGAUCCGUGUGGGUCAAGUAGUGGAUCAGCAAUCUCAGUAGCAGCAAACAUGGUUGCAGUGUCACUAGGGACUGAGACUGACGGCUCAAUCUUGUGCCCGUCUAGCUCUAACUCAGUUGUGGGAAUCAAACCAACUGUUGAUCUCACCAGCCGAGCUGGGGUCAUUCCAAUAUCUCCUAGACAAGACACUGUUGGGCCUAUUUGCAGGACAGUUGCCGAUGCUGUUCAUGUUCUUGAUGCCAUUGCAGGCUUUGAUUACAAUGAUCCAGCAACCAAAGAAGCAUCAAAAUAAAUUCCAUAUGGUGGCUACAAACAAUUCCUUAAGCCUUAUGGCCUAAAAGGGAAGAGAUUGGGAAUAGUGAGGAACCCUUUUUUUUACUUUGACAAGGGAUCUCCUCUGACUCAAGCUUUUGAGUACCAUUUGCAGACACUAAGACAAGGAGGUGCAGUUUUAGUGGAUCAUCUGGAAAUAGCCAACAUUGAAGUUAUAUUAAAUUCGACUGUAAGUGGUGAAGCAGUAGCGUUGCUGGCUGAGUUCAAACUGGCCCUUAAUACAUACCUCAAGGAGCUAGUGGCUUCCCCAGUGAGAUCUUUGGCAGAAGUUAUAGCCUUCAAUGAGAAACUCUCUGGUUUGGAAAAGCUCGAAGAAUUCGGCCAAGAUAUCUUCCUGUUAGCCCAAGCCACAAAUGGAAUUGGCAAUACAGAGAAGGCAGCGUUGUUGAACUUAGCAAAACUUUCAGGAUAUGGAUUUGAAAAGUUGAUGAGAGAAAACAAACUAGAUGCUUUGGUGACUCCUGGUUCAGCUGUGGCUCCUGUUCUUGCAAUUGGUGGAUUCCCUGGCAUUAGUGUCCCUGCUGGAUUUGAUGGUGAUGGUGCUCCCUUAGGAAUUUGUUUUGGUGGGCUAAAGGGUACAGAGCAGAAGCUUAUUCAGAUUGCAUAUGGCUUUGAACAAGCUACUAAGAUUAGGAGGCCUCCUUCAUUCCAGCCCUAAGCUUUAAUUAAAGACCAUGUCUAUUGAAGUUCUUCUAAAAGAACAAUAUAUGAUUACCAUAUGUCCAUUAGUACUUGUGAUCAAGUCUUGUUUCUGUUGUGGGAUUUAAUCAAAUGCUAGCAAAUCUUAAAUUCCUAUAAAAGCGAAAAAAAAAAAAAAAUCUAACAAAUGACAAAUAAUCAUUUACACAC